UACCCCGCCCCCAAGACGCGCUUCCGUGUUGGCGGAGCAGCUAGCUAGCUAGCUCGCUCGCUCGCUCGCCUGCCGGUAAGCCCUCGUCCCACCUAAUUGCGCAAUGAAAUAAUUAAACAGCAACUUGCCGAAGUUUAAAGGUGUUUUUCUUUAACGGAGCCAAAUGCGGAAUAAGCUCCGACGGUCAUGGAGGGUGAGCAACGCUAACUAGCGGCGUAUAAAUGAGUGGCUCCAAUUGCUACCAGCCACGAACAUGUUGGCGUGGCUCGCAUACUCGCAUGCACUGAAGACGCGACGUGAUUUGCACGUGAGCUCGCCUCACCACACUUUGCCGGCUACUCGCUCGACUCCGUCCGAUGGAGGUGACGCGUUGCUCGGCUCAGCCAACAAGAUGACGCGCCGCCCGAGCCGGCGGAUGCUUGUGCCCUUGUGUGCAGGCUUAGGCCCGACAUGGACGCCCGCUCGCCGGAGUGCCCCAUCCUGGCCGAAAAGCGGCCGAGUAGGAAGCGCAAUGGACGCUGCUGUGCAGGACUCGUGAGCACUUUGCACAAGAUCUUCACCAACCACAACACGCUCAACAUUCAAUCCGUUAGCCGCCUGGAAUGUGCUGGUUCCUGUCCCAAUCUGAUGAUGAGUAGGAGAGACGUGGCGGACGUGCCGCCCGCCCCCAGCGGGGCCGUCACCCCUCAGCUGCCCCACCGGGCCCAUCACCACCGGCCCCUUUGCAUGUCGGUGUCGUCCGACAGCAGCGGACGCUUCAAAGCUCUCGACACGCAGGAGUGGAAGAACAACCUCAAAGCUCAGAUGGACCAGGCCCACAGCGCAGGUGCGAGCAGCAGUACGGGCUCCCUGGAGCGGGCGUCCCUCUUCUGUGCCCCGGGGGGCCCGUCCAAGGCGGCCGGGCGCUUCUCGCUCUUCUCUGCACCGUGGAACGUCAGCUCCGAAUCGGACUCCAACCCGACGUCUGGGUCCGGCUCCAAGAAACUACGCAACUACAAUCGGCGGACGGCCACGGGCCCGGCCGGAGUCCCCGAGCCGCCCCGAGGGGAGGUCGAGGGCUGCGGGGGGACCCCACGGCAUUUUGAGCCGGUCAUCUCCAAGGUGACAGACUACAUCUACGUGGGCAACCUGAACGCGGCCUAUAACGGGCGGGCGCUCUGCCGUAACAACAUCGACUGCAUCAUCGACAUGAGCAGCGCCCCGGGCCAGGCGCCGCCCACUCUCAGCCUCAUCCCUUGCACGUGCUCGCGGGGGGCCCGCCACAGCUGGUCCCGCCUCAAGGUGGACAUCGGCGACUUCAAGCAGCGCUGCUUCGAGGACAUCAACGAGUGCAUCCACGCCUCGGCUGGGAAACGCAAGCGGGUUCUGGUCCACUGUGGGGACGGCUUCUCACUGGCGCCCACCUGCAUCAUCCAGUACCUGAUGCUCAAACGCAACAUGAGGCUCAUGGCGGCGUACGAGCUCCUCAGAGCGAAAUAUCCCGUCAAUAUCCGUGAGUGUCAUCGCAACCUGCUGGUCAGCCUGGAGAGGACGCUCAGGCCCGGGGACGUCGAUUCGGAGAGCUUCAAGCAGGCCAUAUCCAGGAAGGUGGCCUGGACCUGAUUCGCCCUGAGCCAGAUCGCCGAAAAGCUCUCGUCAUCCCGCCUGAACUUCACUGCAACGUCUAAGCAGAUGUUCGAGACCUGGUUCUGAUUCCCGAGAUGUGCUUCUGUGACCGUGUGGUGUGUCUUGGACCUCCACUUGAUAUUUGUGUAAAACUCUUUAAUUGACACGAACGUGGUUCUAGUACCACGUGGUCCGGCUAUGUCUUGUGGAUGGCCAUCCAGUUCAUCUUCUGAGAGUGAUCCCUCCCUAAGAAUUGUUUUUUUAGCUCCAUCCCAACAGCUGAAGAGAUGAGUGAAACCUGGUUCUGGUUCCAGAGGUGUGCUUCUGCUACCACAUGGUAGCUCCGUCACACAUCUCAGGAGAUGUGUAACAUUAGUCCCGGGUGGUGUCUCGUAAACCUCCAUUUGCUCUUUUCUGAGUGUGCCCUCCCUCAGAAUUGUCUUUUACUUCAACACAGUAUCUCAGGAGCUGUUCGAGACCUGGUCUUAGUUAUCGCUGUGAUGUGUUAUCGCAUGGAUGGACAUCCAGUUGAUCUUUUGUUCCAGCAAUGUCUUGUGGAUGUACUUCCAGUUGAUCUUUUUUGAGUGUUCCCUCCCUAAGAAUUGUUUUGUAGCUCCAUCACCACAUUGCAGUCGGUGUGUGAAAGUAGUUUCUGAUACCAGGUGGUGUCUCGUAGACCUCCAAUUUGAUCUUUUGGAAGUGGUUUCUCCUGAAGAAUUUUUAUUUUAUUUUUUUUAAUUCCAUCCCAACAUCUCAAGACAAGUGAAACCUCCUCCUGUUUCCAGAUAUGUGCUUCUGGUAACAGGUGGCGUCUCAUGGACCUCCAGUUGAUCUUUUGUGAGUGUUCCCUACCUAAGACUUCCAUCCAUCACAAUAAUCUCAGGAGAUUUGUGUUAGACCUGGUUCUGAUUCUAGAGAUGAGCCAAUGAUGAUCUCCAACUGUAGAACCACAUCUCAGGAGAUGUGGUUGUGGUACCAGGCGGGCCAAUUCAGUGCAAUGUCUCGUGGAUCGAGCCUCCACUCGAUCCUCUCCAAGAACUAUGGUUUUAUCUUCCUGAUUCUCUGUAAGGUGUUUUUGUGGAUGUUCUGAUCCGAUGUAGCGGUACUCGUCUGCUGCUGAAUAACAACGUGGACACUCGCACAUGCUGAGCUGUCCUCUGUGAGGAAGAACACUUGCUAAGUUCUGUUGUGCACCGUUCGGACCUCUGAACUAUUUGAUUUGAUCAGAGUUGUUUAAUGUGAAUAUUGUUAAAUGUUUUCUGGUGAUUUGAAAGGAGUUUCUGAAAUUCGUGUGCUUUACCAUAGCAACAUUUUGUUUUGAUUUGAUUUGGCACCACGCUAAAAUACAAAACGACGAAAAUAGUUAGUGUCUCGAAUGCCGCGGAGAUCAUUUCUCGUGAUUGGUCCGUUUUAGGUUCACAUGCUGUGAUGACGUACUCGGCGUGCCCCUUGGUUCUACAUGCCAUCUACGCUGGCGCCAUCUCGAUCGAUUUUGCAGCAUCAUUACACGCAUCAUCUGGUCAUCUAGAUCCACUUGUUCGGCAGACACUGUUCCACGGUCGUUAUUGUUGUUGCUUUGUUCCUUGUUACUGAAAGGAAAGUAAAAACGGCUCCCGGAAAUGGCCCAAAAAUGCAGAGGAAACUCCACCCUGUGGCGUCCUAGCCAACACCAGCCGUAGCGACACCCCCGACUUGGAGGUGAACUGCAGUACGUUUUCAGAACUGCGCGCGUUUUCUGGUAUUUCUACGACUGUAUUAUAAUUAUUUUAGAAAAUUCAACUUGUUUCUGCUAUUUCGACCUAUUCUCUUUCAUUGUUGCAACUUUUUUUUCUAUUAUAAAAACGUUUUCAUUCACUUUCAAAGUGCAACUUUUUAAAAAUAUUCAGACUAUCCUCUAACAUUUUUUUCAGUGAAUAUUCCAACUUCAGUCUCUUUUUAACAAAUUUUCUGGUAAUUAUUUUCGUAAAAUAAAAAAAACAAACUUCUGGUACUAUUCCAUUUUUUUCUGUAAGAUACAAUUUAUAAUGCUAAUAUCCUUGAAUCUGCUAAUCCUGAUAUUUCAACUUCAAUAUGAUGUUUUUAUGGUAACAUUGCACCUUUUAUUCAUUUUUCAAAUGUAUUUUUUCCUUUUUUUCUGUCUACUUAAUACUCUCUUCCAUAAAUUGCUAACAUAAAAUAAACCAAAUAAAAGGGGAAUUUGGGUUGAAAGUGUAAACAUGAAGACACUUAUUUAAAUGGAAACUUUAAAUUCUUUUAAAGUCAAAAUAAUGCUUCAGUUUUGACAUUAAAACAAUUGAAUCAUCAUUUACAGUCGUGCUCACCAUUAUUAGUACCCAUGAAGUUGAAGUACUAAAUGUGGACUAACUCCUGACGAAAAUGAAUCAAGUGAAAUCUUUUUUUCCUAUAGAGAACUUGUAUUUGAUACAAAAGAGCAAAUGAUAACAUUUUCUGGGCAGAUGAAAUUAAAAUAGAGCUUUUCAGCAAUACACACAAACAGUAUGUUUACAGACUCCGCAAUGAAGCCUUGAAGGAAAAUAAACAGUCAAGCAUGGUGGACGAUCCAUCAUGCUGUGGGGCUGCUUUGCCACAUCUGGUACUGGAGGCCUUGACUGUGUCACAGAAAAAUAGAGAUUUUGGACGGAAAUGUCUUACCCAGUGUAAGCGAACUUUGUUUGAAGUGAAGAUCAUGGGUCCUCCAGCAAGACAAAGACCCAAAGCCCACAUCCAAAAGCAUGCAGGAAUGAUUGAAAAGCGGGGAAAAUGCACUGUUUUAAAAUGGCCAGCAAUGAGUCCUGAUCCCAAACCAAUUGAGAAACUUUGGUGGGAGCUGAAAUCUGCAAAUGUGAAAAAAAACUAUCCAAAUGUUCAAGAAAAAUUGCAAAGGAAGAGUGGGGGGAAAUACUACCUGUUAAGUGCAAAAAGCUUCCAGAUGGAUGCAAGAAAUAUUUGGAGGCUGUCAUCGCUGCCAAAGGGUGUGCAAGCAAAUAUUGAGAGCUGCCGAAAAUUGCUGCACGUGCGGUUCUCAGUUUUUUUCUUCGAAUCUAAGUUGGAAAAAACAAAACAAAAAAAACCCAUCUCCAUUUAAAAGAUGUUUGGUACAUUUCCAUUUAUUAUUAAGCGACUGUACAGUUUAUGCAAAAAAAUGAAGGGGUGCCAAUAUUGGUGAGCACAACUGUACGAGGCGAGCCGAUAUUUAGCAACCAACCAAAAACUUUCUGAUCAACAGGAACUCUUUCGUUAAGUUUCCCAUUUCAGUUAGGCUCCAAAUGUACAGCACACAGGCUAGCUUCCAAAUGCAGUUUGUUACAAUUAUGACAAAACUGCUAACAUUUUUCAAGUUGUCAGGAGUCAACUUUAGGCCACCAUAUGUCAAACCUUUUACGAUAUAUGCAAAUAUUUACAAAAUUGAUCAUUUCAACCGUGGCAACAGGAUGCUAACAUCGGUUGAAGGGGCUAGUGGUGGCUAUGCUACCAGUGUGAAAACAAUGUGGCUUCUUGGUUGGGUUUGUGAUGUGACAUUUGCACCUUAUCUCGAUAUGUGCUGUCUAAGUCGACUUUACAUUUUUGGGGUACAAUCGUGAGCUUUUGUGGGCAGAGCCUGUAAUAUAUUAGCGCUUUUUUUUUUUGUUUUCUGGGUCGGCGCCAACGUCUUUGGUGAAGGUGAAAGUGAAUGUGGUGCUCCUCAAUGUUCUCAGGUGAUUCCUCCGUGGUCCGGCCACAUUUGUACUGUUCAUUAAUUAAAAGCUGACAUGUUAACAUUUUGUUGUUUUUUCUAAAAUCCGUGUCAAGGUAAAAUCGUAAAUGCU